AUGAGAGCAGCAGGGUUAGAGAAAUGCCAACCCGCUGAAGAAGGACAACCCUACCAGCUGAGCUACACACUGACAACCAUCCCAGCGUACAGGACGAUGCUGUUGUGGUUGAAAGAUGGUCAGCUGGUGUCCGAGUGUCCAGUGGAGGCUGGAGAGUGUAGCAACAACGAUAUCAGCUGGUUAUACGCUAGAGUAGAGAAAAGAAAUAACGGCGUGGAGUUUAUCCUGGAUAUUCAGAACGUGACUAGAGAGAAUGAGAAGAACGUGCAAGGCGUUUGGACGUUAAAAACUCACAGUAUGGAGCCCACGUCUCAAGAAAUGUACAGCUGUGCGCUACAAGUAUACGCAAAAGCAGUAGAUAUAUCUUGCGUUUCUGAUGUAGUCACUAAAGGAGUCACUAUUUCAUGCAGUACAAGUAGGAUAUACCCUGAAGCUAUGGUAAGUAUAAAGUCAGAACGACAAGAGAUAUCUGAUAAAUAA